UCUACCAGUCUCUACAAAUACAUUGGCACAUCUGGAACUUACUCUUCAAGUUGAGCUUCGCGAGUUAUUUCCAAUCGCAAAUAGCAGAAGUAGCAGCAUUGAAGUCUCCCACCAGUCAUGUGAUCACAACAGGCCGCUGCUUCCGGCCUAUUUGACAGCUGAGCAUCGGCCGCUAAUCGACAAGUAAAAGUCCUUUUAAAUUAAGUAGAACAACGUCUAGAGAGUAAAGUAGGGAAGUUUAAAUCCCGGUUCUGGCUAAACUAUACUGUAGUCAUGAAGGCACCAAUAACUUGUAAAUGAAUUGUCAGCACCUUAGUUCAUUAUCAACAUUUAAAAGCAAUAAAAACAACUUCCCCGACAACAUUUGCCCAACAGCCGCAAAUGUGAAACCGUAUGGAGACGCAGAAGGUUGUCAUCAUGUUUCCUCCAACACCCUCAAAUACGAUGAAACAGACCAAAACUGCGGCUGCAAAAAUCAAAAAUAAAAUCCUCAACACAUCCUCAUUCUUCAAAAUCUCCCUCAAGAGCAACAAUAAGGCCCUUGCUGUUGCUUUAGGAACCCAGAAAGAAAGAAGUAGGCAACAGGAGAGGGAGAUAGUUUCACUGCAGAAAAAAGUGAAAGCUCUGUGCUUUGAGCUGGCAGUGAAAAAUCACAGAGAAAGGAAACUGAUCCAAGCCUUAAAGAAUCUACAAAGCAGCACUACUGAUCACAUGAAUCAGUUAGUUCAAAUAUUAUCCGAGAACUGCUCCGAUCUUUGUGAAGUUGAAGUACAACCUAGUGACAUCAAUAAGCAAAACCCUCCACUGAAAAGAAGUCUUGCCUGUCCGAUUCCUGCCUUUGCUUUGAGUACAGACUUACAGGAAAGACCUAAUGUUGCUGUAAACGUCAAUGUCCAAGAUAAACCUCAAGUUAUCUCUGAUGAAAGGAGAGUUUCACAGCAUGACCCAAAAUCUGCCUCACAACCAUCCAACAGGCUGAUAGAAGAAAUUGCAAGACUGUCCUCGGUUUUCUCACAGAACAGCAGCCCUUCACAGCCAGCUCCAGAAAAUGCAGCUGCUGUAUUUGAGCUUAUCAGUGAUCAUUCUAUGGUGUGCUCCUCAGAAGUGGCAUUGAAGGACACUGAACAAAAAUCACAUGUGGAGGACCAAACCGUGACGCUGAAUUCGUCAAUGGACAUCUGUGAUGGCAAUGCUUCUGAAAUUAUUCCUGUUUCUAAACUCAAAGCAAAAAGACAUUCAGAAAAGCCAAAACCCAGAAAAAACAAGAAACAAGCUAGCACUGAAGGAGAAAGAGACUCUGGAAAAGCUGUUUUGACAGAGCUGAAUGCGCCAGCUGUUGAAAGGAAGGAGAAAGGCAUGCAUGCGCAAGAUGGAUCCAGAGACCCAUUGCCCAAAAAAGGUCAAGAUGUGAUGAGCUCUCGGAUUCCUACGUUGAGUAAAAAGACACACAAAAAUAUGAAGUCAGUGACACAGCCUGUUGUCGAUGACUACGUCGAGGAUCUACAGAAUCACACGCCUAAUGUUGAUGAACAUUUUCAUUUACAAGCAGAGAUCGAGAACAUGGGAGCCAAAGUCACAUGCCGGCGGUCCCGCUCGAAAAGCCGACAAAUGUCCAAUACUGUGAGAAUGCCACUCGCUACAGCGGCGCCAUUGUGUUUCAUUGAUGACGCAAUGGAACGGAAAGAAUCCUCAAAAGAACAAGACCUUUUCGAUGUAUUCCCAUUCUGUGCAGAUUUGGAUCCAGAAGAUUUGGGUCAUUCUGUAGACUAUAGGCAGAGAAAACCGCUGAUGACCACCAACAUUGAAGCAACCCACAAACCGAAGUGCAGAGGCACAUUUGUUGUAUCGGUGUCAAGAGAAAGCACAGAGUACGAGAGGAAUUCUACACUAUUUGAUCACCGAUCUGAAGCCAGGUCUGACUGUGAGUCUCACGAAGAAAGUGAUCCGACUCCACUGGCAGAUGUCAUCAAUAGGCCGCUAAGCUGCGGGAAGCGCUCUAGAGAAAACAUAUGGGAGUUGGACGUCCUUCAAAAGGAGGCAGAGGAUGAUGGAAGUCAAAGUGCAGCAAACCCAGACUUUCAAAAAACUAAAAAGCCUCGGCGAGAGGCCACCGGUCGGACCAGCAAGAACAAGGCUGACAAGAAUGAACUGUCCAAAGACAUGAAGAAGAGUUGUAAAGGUGGCCCAAAAAAAAGUCUGCCUGUGACUGCCCCGUGUUCUACUCAAGACUUGUCACUUGAUGAAAGUGCACCUAGUUACAAAUGUGUCGAUGACUCACACCACAGUGAUAUUUUUGAGAGCAGUCCAAAAACCGCGAAAAGAAAAGGGAAAAAAUCGAAGGGUUCAAAACACGCUCAAGUGAGGAAUCCUAGGGAGACUUUUGUGGUAGAGCGGAGGAAGACUCAUAUGGUGAUAGACACCAGUAUAUUCACUGAUGAAGAGGACUCCACCAGUGAAACACCAGCUUGCCAAAGCCCUGUGGGCCUGCUGAUGGAGGAGAUGCCACCGUGGUCGGCCAUGAAUGACACCGACAUUUCCCUCUGUACGCCCAGGGUGACCUCAUAUGGCACAGGACAAAUGGAGACUCCACUGACCUCAGCAGAGCCUACUCCAGAUCGCGAGAAUCCAGGGAGAACCAGGAGAACCAAGUGCGUUGUCAGUUACAAGGAGCCGACCCUCAAUAGCAAAAUGAGACGUGGGGAUAAGUUCACCGACUCCAAGUUCCUCAGCUCUCCAGUCUUUAAGGAGAAGAAGAAAAAGAAGCCAAAGAAGACGCCAAAUUUGGCCAUACCUCCAUUAUCUGACUAAUAUUGUGCUACUGUCUUUGUAGUUUUCUUUUUUUGCCCCGAAUAAAUGCAACCUUAAAAUUUUUAUCCAACUUUGAACACAUUUUCGUUGUUUCUGUUAUUUGUGAUGGUAAUUGCAGGUAGCCCAUUUAGGUCGUCUCCGUCCUGCUUUUUCCUUUAGGCCCCGCCAUUGUUUCAGAUUGGCCAGUUUAAAUUAUUCAGCUGUUCAUAUGAGAAGUCUGUUCUGUCUGACGGUAGCAGGGUUGUAUUCCAUCUGUGGAGAGCGGUUGUAGGUCACUGAAAACCCUACUUUUGCUUAAAUCGCCUUUUCACCAUGUGACCUUUUCUUUUGGACUCUCAGACAAUUGUUAGGUGAGUUGAAUUUACUGUCAUCCUUGUGUUUUUGUCUUUUAAAUGAAAGCAGUUGUACAGCAAUUUUAUUUUGUGUAAAUGACUUAAAGGGCGUGCGCAUUUUUUGUUUGGUCUUGAUAAGUCUUCUUGUAAAAUUUUGACAUCACAAAAUGUAAGUCUUGUAUUAAAAAAUGUAUAAA